AUGCACGCAGUUUUUCGAAUUGGUGACGUUCGAAAAAUUGACAAGAAAAGUCCACUUUAUGAAGUGGACCUUAAACUUACAGCAGAUGAUGAUCAACAACUACGUCAAUUAACCAAACAUAUAGCAGAAGAGAUUGGUGGCGAUGGAUGGUAUGGAAUGGGCAAAUUGCUGCUCCAAAUAGGUCAAUUCGACAAGGCCGAAGAGUUGUAUACCGCAUUACUAGAACAGGCAUCAGAUGACAGCGCUAAAGCACAUAUCUAUCAUAUGCUUGGAGGGUUGAAAUGGAACCUAGGACAACACAAAGAAGCAGUUUCAUAUUAUGAGACAUGUCUCAAAAUUAAACGAAAAACUCUCCCAGAAGAUCAUCCUUCAUUCGCUGCUACCUACAACAAUAUCGGUCUCGCAUAUAACUACUUGGGUGAAUACCCGAAAGCACUUGAAUUUUACGAAAAAACAAUUAAAAUAAAAGAAAAGGUCUUAUCUCCGAAUGACCCCGAUUUGGCUUCUUCCUACAACAACAUCGGUCAAGUGUAUAACGACAUGGGUGACUACUCGAAAGCACUUGAAUUUUACGAAAAAGCACAUAAAAUAGAAGAAAAAGCUCUGCCUCCGAAUCAUCCCGAUUUGGCUACUUCCUACAACAACAUCGGUGGAGUGUAUAACGAUAUGGGUGAUUACUCAAAAGCACUGGAAUUUUAUGAAAAAGCACUCAAAAUAGGAGAAAAAGCUCUGCCUCCAAAUCAUCCCGAUUUGGCUAUUUCCUACAACGACAUCGGUACAGUGUAUAACAGAAUGGGUGACUACUCGAAAGCACUGGAUUUUUACGAAAAAGCACAUAAAAUAAGAGAAAAAGCUCUGCCUUCGAAUCAUCCCGAUUUGGCUAUUUCCCAUGGGUGGAUCGGUACAGUGUAUAACGACAUGGGUGAUUACUCGAAAGCACUGGAAUUUUAUGAAAAAGCACUCAAAAUAAGAGAAAAAGCUCUGCCUCCAAAUCAUCCCAAUUUGGCUACUUCUUACUCCUGUAUAGGUGGAGUCUACAACACCAUGGGUGACUACUCGAAAGCACUGGAAUUUUACGAAAAAGAUCUACAAAUCAUAAAAAAAGCUCUGCCUCCGAAUCAUCCCGAUUUGGCUUCUUCUUACUCCUGUAUCGGCGGAGUCUACAGCACCAUGGGUGACUACUCGAAAGCACUUGUAUCUCUCAAAAAAUCCCUUGAAAUAAAACAAACAUCUCUGCCUCCGAAUCAUCCUGAUUUGGCUACUACGUACAACUGGUUCGGAAAGAAUUAUCGCGGUAUGAAAGAUUAUCCAAGAGCACUUGAGAAUUUCGAAAAGUGCCUCUCAAUAUGGCAAAAAGCAUUACCGGAAGGACAUCCUCAUCUAGCUAUUACACACAGUAAUAUUGGUGAUGUUCAUCGAUUAAUGGGAGAUUAUGAAAAGGCAUUGUUAUUUCAUAAAAAAGCAUUAAAUAUUCAAGAAAAUGUUCAAUGUAAUCCUCUACAAUGUGCAUUGACAUACAUAAAUUUAGGUGAAACUUAUCGAGAAAUGAAAGAUUAUACAACAGCAUUGACAUAUUUUCAAAAAGGAUUAGAAAUACGUCAGAAGAAAUUACCAAAA